AUGGCGACUAAAAGUUGAGCAUGGUAGACAGACAUGGCAUUAUUUAGACAAUGAUGAUGAGAUUAAAAACUGGCCUCAAUCUAUUGUUGAUAAAUAUUGGAUUGGAUUACCUUAUCAAUCUAAAACCUUUAAAAAACCAAAAACAGCUUUCGAAGCAGCUCGAAAUGGAUUCGAAUUUUUUAAACAAUUACAAACUGAUGAUGGCCAUUGGGCAGGUGAAUAUGGCGGGCCAAUGUUUUUAAUACCAGGUCUUGUUAUCGCAAUGUAUAUUACACAUAUUCCCAUCCCUGAAAUUUGGAGAAUUGAAAUUAUUCGAUAUUUGGUGAACAAAGCAAACCCUGUUGAUGGUGGAUGGGGAUUGCAUAUUGAACAUCAUUCGACAGUAUUUGGAACUGCUUUGAAUUAUGUUGUACUUCGUAUCUUGGGUCUUGAUCCUGAUCAUCCAGUAAUGGUAAAGAGUAGGGCAACUUUGCACAAACUUGGAGGUGCAAUUGGCGUGCCUUCAUGGGGAAAAUUUUGGUUAGCAAGCUUAAAUGUAUAUGAUUGGGAAGGGCUUAAUCCAAUUCCACCAGAAUUAUGGCUUCUUCCAUAUUUUGCACCAUUUCAUCCAGGUCGUUUUUGGAUUCAUACACGUGUAGUAUACCUUCCAAUGGGUUACUGUUAUGGACGCAGAUUAAGUGCUGAAAUCACUCCAUUAAUUGAACAACUUAGGCAGGAAUUAUAUAUUCAGCCAUAUGAGACAAUUAACUGGCCUAAAGCCCGAAAUAAUAUUGCAGAAAUUGAUCUUUAUGCACCGCAUACCAAAUUAUUGAAGUUUUGCAAUUAUAUGCUAAAUAUUUAUGAAAAACUUCCUAAUAUUAUUGGACUUCGAGAUAUUUCUCUUGAAGAAAGUUAUGAAUUAAUUAAAUGUGAAGAUGAAAAUACUGAUUAUCUUGAUAUUGCUCCUGUCAACAAAGUAUUACAUAUUCUUUGUACAUACUAUGAGGAAGGGCCAGAUUCUGAAGCAUUUAAACUCGCUAAAGAAAGAUUAAUUGAUUAUAUGUGGCUAGGACCAGAAGGAAUGUUGAUGUGUGGUACAAAUGGUACUCAAGUUUGGGAUACUGCAUUUGCAGUUAUUGCUGCAGUUGAAACAGGACUUGCGGAUGAUCCAUCAAAUCAUCAAUCAAUGAUACAUGCACUUGAAUUUUUAGAUGAUGCACAAAUAAAAAAGAAUCCUAAAGAUUCUAAAAGGUGUUAUCGUGAUAACACAUUAGGUGCUUGGGGAUUUAGUACUCGUGAUCAAGGAUAUAAUGUUUCAGAUUGUGCUGCUCUAGGUAUUAAAGCUGUACUUAGUCUUCAGAAAAAACUUAAUUACACGCCGGAAUUAGUACCUAAAGAACGGGUUUGUCAAACUAUUGAUAUUUUAUUAUCUAUGCAAAAUACUGAUGGAGGAUUUGCUAGUUAUGAACGUACUAGAGGUCUAAAAAUUCUUGAAUGGUUAAAUCCUGCAGAAGUUUUUGGAAAUAUUAUGAUUGAAUAUAGUUAUCCAGAAUGUACAUCUUGUGUUUUAACUGCUUUAAAUACCUUCCAUAAAUGGUAUCCUGAUUAUAGGGCUGAUGAAAUUAAGAAAAUUACCAAAAAUGCAAUUAAAUACUUAUAUAAUUCUCAAGGUGAAGAUGGAGGCUGGUAUGGUUCUUGGGCUAUUUGUUUCACAUAUGCUACUAUGUUUGCUAUUCAAUGUCUGGAAAGCUUUGGUGAAACAUAUGAAAAUAGCCCAGUAGUUAAAAAGGGAUGCGACUUUUUAAUUUCUAAGCAAAAAAAAGAUGGUGGUUGGGGUGAAUCUUAUAAGUCAUGUGAAACAGGAACUUAUGUACACCAUAAAAACUCUCAAGUUGUAAACACUGCCUGGGCAUUGCUUGCUUUAAUGGCAGGUAAAUAUCCAAAUGAGGAACCAAUUCGACGUGGUAUUAAGCUUAUUGCAUCACGACAAUUACCAACAGGCGAAUGGAAACAAGAGGCUAUAGAAGGAUAUUUUUCACAUGUUAACCCUCUUAAAAUGUUGGUUACUGUCAAACGAUUUUCACUGUUACAAAAUUCAUUGAAGAAAAGAUGGUUAACAUCAUAUAUACCACCAAAAGUUAGGGCUAUAACCUUUAGUAAAUAUGGUCCUCCUACAGAAGUUCUUAGAGCAAUCACAUAUCAAUUACCACCACUAACUCCAACAACAAUACACUUAAAAUUUCUCGCAUCGCCAAUUAAUCCAUCGGAUAUUAAUCAAAUUGAAGGUGUUUACCCGGUUCGACCAAGUUUUGAAACCUUAGGAGAACAUGAAAAAAUUGCUGUUGCUGGAAAUGAAGGCGUUGCACAGGUAAUUGGUGUUGGAGAUAAAGUUGAAGAUAUAAAAGUUGGUGAUUGGGUUGUUAUGGGUAAAUCUGCAUUUGGAACAUGGAGAACACAUGCUGAUGCAACACCAGAUGAUGUUAUUCGUAUUCCACAUGAAGGAGUUGGGAUAGUUAGAGCUGCUACUUUAACAGUAAAUCCUUGUUCUGCUUAUCAGUUAAAAGAUUAUUUGAAAUCUAUUGGUGCAACAUAUGUAAUAAGUGACAAAGAUUUACAAGCAAAAAAUCAUGAAUUUGAAUGGGAUAAAGAUAUAAAGGGUAAAGGGAUUGCUUUAGGUUUAAAUUGUGUUUGUGGCAAAGGAGUAAUUUCCAUGGCAAAACUUCUCAGGCAUUCUUCUCCAUUAAUAACAUAUGGUGCAAUGUCACGUCAACCUUUAACGAUUCCAGCAUCACAAUUAAUUUUUCAAGAUUUAAAAUUUUUUGGAUAUUGGAUGUCAAGAUGGGGUGAUGAAAAUCCCAAAUCAAAAAGGAUAGAAAUGUUGAAUGACAUUAUCGAAUUAAUUAAACAAGAUAAGUUGAGAGAUGCCGUUUGUGAGGAAAAUAUUUGGGGUGUAAAUGAUAAGGAAGAUGUAAGUGAUGAUGCAUUGACGCACGAAUUUUUGGCGAUACUCAAAAAGGCUACAGAAGAGUUUAGAGGAAAGAAACAACUUAUUAAGAUGAUAUAG